CUGACGAAAAGCCCUGUGGGACUGUUUUGGAGGCAGCUAAGGAUGCAGGAUACACGACAGCUCUGGUGGUGACAUCUCGGAUUACCCACGCUACCCCCGCGGCAUUUGCUGCCCAUGUUGUCGACCGAGGCAUGGAGGAGCUUAUAGCCCAGCAGCUGGUUGGAAACAACACAUUGGGAAACAAAGUAGACUUGAUGUUUGGCGGCGGAAAGUGCAGCUGUCGAAGUGAUACUAAGGAUUCUGGGUACACAUCAGGACACAUGGCAUACAAUAUUGACCGCAACCCGACUGUUGAACCCUCGCUGACCGAGAUGGCUACGAAGGCUUUAAAUAUUUUGCUUGAACACACUCGCGACUCACCGACUGGCUUCUUUAUCAUGAUUGAGGGCUCACGUAUUGAUAUGGCGGGCCAUGAUAAUGAUCCCACUGCACAUUUGCAUGACAUUAUUGAGUACUGGGAAACCGUCACCGCAGUGCAGGGCUUUGUCGAUCGCCAUCCAAAUACAGCAAUGGUGAGCACGUCGGACCAUGAAACGGGUGGCUUGACCCUGGGCGUUGAUCCUGAAUAUGUUUGGCACCCUAGGCAUAUGCAGGGCGUCAAAAAAUCGGCUGAGGUUAUAUGCGCCGAGCUGCGACAGAUGUUGCCCGACAAGCGCACUGGGUUUGCCCAAAAGGUAGUUAUUCCAGAAUACCUUGCCAGCAACCAAAGCGUCGCACAGAUCGUGAAUGGCGCGGCCAAGGGUGAGGUUGAGUGCAAACAUGCUGUCGGACAUGUGGUGUCCAAAUUGGCGCAUCUGGGCUGGUCAACAGGCGGCCACACUGGCGCCGAUGUCGGGCUAUAUGCAUAUGGCAAGGGCACUGAGAGUUUGCGUGGAAACAUUGAGAAUACACAGGUCGGCGAAUUUCUGGCACGUUAUCUUGAGGUUGAUCUGGACCAGAUAACCCGCCGUCUGGAAAAUGAGACCACUACACACCGGGAUAUACACCCAAACAGCCAUGACCACGAGUGUAACGACGACACUUUUUCACCUCACAGCAUAGACGCGCAUGCAGGACAAAUGUCAAUUGAAUAAACGAG